AUGGCGCUGAUGGGGCUCCGUCUCCUGACGCUGGGUUUGUGGGUUGCCGUUGGGGUGAAGCUCGAAGUUUGGGGCGACCAGGUGAAACCGGCCCGAGCACCUCUGAUCCCUCACCGGCCUUUUGUCGUGGUCUGGAACGCUCCUACCGAGUCCUGCCGCCUUCGAUUCAAGGUGGACUUGGAUCUAAGCGUUUUUGACAUUGUGGCAAACCUCAAUGAAACCCUCAGCGGACCAAAUGUCACCAUAUUCUACCACAGCCACCUUGGAUAUUACCCAUUCUACUCCAACUCCGGGAUCCCUAUCAACGGAGGACUGCCACAGAACCAGAGCAUCUCCAAACACCUGAGUAAAGCCAGGGCUGACAUUGACAAGCUGAUCCCUCACAAGGAUUUUCGAGGCCUUGGUGUCAUUGACUGGGAGAACUGGAGGCCUCAGUGGGUCCGAAACUGGGGCUCCAAAGAUAUCUACCGCAACAAGUCCAAGGAACAGAUCCGGAAAUUUCACCCAAACUGGCCAGAGAGCAAGGUGGAGAAGGAAGCAAAGGAGCGUUUCGAGAGGGCUGGACUGACCUUUAUGAACAUGACGCUGGCCUUGGCUGAGGGUCGAAGGCCAGAUGGAUUGUGGGGUUUUUACCUGUUCCCAGACUGCUAUAAUUAUGGGUAUAAGCAGCACCCGGAACGGUAUACCGGGGAAUGCCCAAAUGUAGAGCAUGUUCGUAAUGAUCACCUGAUGUGGCUCUGGAGGGAGAGCACAGCACUAUACCCGUCCAUCUACCUGGACUACGAGCUCAAGUCCUCCCCCAAUACUGUCAAGUUUGUCCACUAUCGAGUCAAGGAAGCCAUGAGGAUCGCAUCCAUCGCCCGGACAGACUUCACACUGCCUGUGUUUGUGUACUCCAGACCUUUCUACGCUUACACUUUUGUGGUUCUUUCAGAGAGUGACCUGGUGCACACCAUCGGGGAGAGCGCUGCCUUGGGAGCAUCGGGUGUCGUCCUCUGGGGAUCAUCAGAGUACGCUCGAUCACAGAGAAACUGCCUGACAGUGAAGAAGUACAUCGACGGUCCGCUGGGACAUUAUGUCAUCAAUGUCACCUCUGCUGCCAAACUGUGCAGCAAAGCGUUGUGCAAGAAGAACGGCAGGUGCGUACGUAAGAGUCUGGACUCGGGUGCUUUCUUGCACCUGAACCCGCGCUUCUUCAACAUCCACCGCAACCCGACUCCCAGGGGCCCCCGCUUCCACGUCAGCGGCCACCUCAACAACCACGACAUCCUGGACAUGAAGCAUAAGUUCACCUGCCAGUGCUACCAGGGCUGGACAGGUGUUUACUGCGAGGUUCCCCAGGUACUGGCCCCCCUUCCUCCUCCUCCUGCCCCGCCUCAGCCCCCCAUCCCUCCACCUCACCCCCGGGAGAACAGCUUGCUGGGAGAUGUCCUGCUGCUCCUUUCCCUCCAUUUCUCCUGUCUGUGCAUCAUCAUGUUCCUGGGACUCUGUCUGAUUAUCAGGUGUUUGAUUCUGUAG